GGUUGGGAACUGGAGAGAGUGCGUUGUCUCGCUCGGGGCCCGCAGUGCCAGAGUUGCAGCUUUCAUCACGCAGGGUGAAAGAGUUUCUCCUGGACGUCUCAGUCUGCGUGGCUACAGGCUCCAUGUUCAGGACAUUGGUGCUUCUGUAUGGCUGCGUGCUGCAGAGGACGCUAGUGACCACAGAGGGGCAUCAUGGGACCAACCGCCAUGUCUUCUAUGCCGUUCAGAUGGAUGGAGGCACCAGGGCCGCCAGAGCUCUGGCCCAGCAGCAGCGGCUGGAGUUCAUACACCAGGUUGGCAGUCUGGAAGGUGCGUACUCGUUGAAGGACAGCAGGGGGCGCUCUAACAGAACCGCCUUUGAGGAAAGACUUGCAGCGGCAGCAGGGGUUAAGUGGGUGCAGAGGCAGCACAGCCACUACAGAGAAAAACGGGUUCCCCUAACAAGACCGGACCACAAGACCACUCAGAGUUCCCAGAGGAGAGAGUCUGCAGCUGACAUCCCGCCCGAGGACGGGCGGCGUGACCGGUCCCUAACCUUCAAUGACCCGCUCUGGCCCUUGCAGUGGGAACUGUUUGCACAGGGGGAGUACAACUCUAGUCGAUUUGACCUGAAUGUGAUGCCAGUUUGGAAGAACAACAUCACUGGAAACGGAGUGGUGGUCAGCAUCGUCGAUGAUGGUGUGGAUCACACAAACAAAGACCUGAAGAAAAACUUUGAGGCCCUCGCCAGUUAUGACCUGCUUGCUACUUAUGGAGCGUCUCAUGAUCCCAUGCCUGUCAAAGAUGAGGCGAACAGUCAUGGUACCCGUUGUGCAGGGGAAGUUUCCAUGGAAGCCAACAACUCCUACUGCGGUGUGGGCAUCGCCUUCAAUGCCAGGAUUGGAGGUAUCCGCUUGUUGUAUGGGCCCGUUACUGAUGUAAUGGAGGCCGCGGCGCUGAGCUACAACAUCCACUUCAUCGACAUCUACGUGUGCAGCUGGGGUCCACGGGACGAUGGUGCCGAGAUGGACGGGCCACACGUCCUGACUGACCAAGCCCUCCAGUUGGGAACUAGCAAGGGCCGGAAUGGGAAGGGCAGCAUCUUUAUGUGGGCAGCUGGUAAUGGCGGCAUGUAUGACGACCACUGCGGAGCAGACGGUUAUGUUAACUCCGUCCACACCAUCGCCAUCGGUGCCGUGACGCGGACCGGGAAGCCCACGUACUUCAGUGAGUCCUGCCCCGGAGUGAUAGCUGUCACUCUAGUGGGAGCUGGCGUGGAAGGAUUCCUACCUUUGGUGACUGUGUCAAACAUGGGUGAGGGGUGCGUUACAUACUUUCCAGGAACAUCCAGCGCUGCUCCGAUCGCUGCAGGGAUUCUGGCUCUGGCCUUAGAAGUAAAUCCUGAGCUGACGUGGAGGGAUGUUCAGCAUCUGAUUGCCAAGACAGCAAAGAUCCCCGACCCCGAAGAGCCGGGCUGGAGCAUCAAUGCAGCAGGAUACCACGUUCACCAUAGGUACGGCUUUGGGUUAUUGGAUGCCGGGCGGAUCGUGCAGCAGGCCGCACUCUUCCACAGUGUUGCUCCACAAAGGAAGUGCACUCAAGAGGCCAACCUUCGCCAAGAAAGAAUCUUCCCUCCUGGGGGCGGAGUCAGCAUAAACAUCCAAUCAGACGGCUGCAGAGGGAGUCCCAACGAGAUCAGCACUCUAGAGCAUGUGCAGGUGAUAGUGAGCGUCAACGCCGUGUGUCGCGGUGACCUCUCCGUAAGCCUCAGGUCUCCAGGUGGAACGCUGUCCCUGCUCUUGGAUCCGCGUCCCAACGACUCCUCCAAGGCCGGCCUGCAGAACUGGACCCUGAUGACGCUGCACAGCUGGGGGGAGCCGCCGCGGGGCCGCUGGACCCUGCAGGUGACUGACCAUAAAGGCAGCGUGAGGAAAUGUGCAAGGUCGAGUGAAGAGGAGGCUGUGGGAGCCCUGCUCAGCGCCGCGCUCAUCCUCUACGGCACCUACCACCCACACAAGCCCGUGCGCGAGAGCCCCUCGGUGAGCAUUGUGUCCAUGGGGUCGCAGCACUUCAUUCCUCACAGUUGGCUCUACAAGAGGGACAGUUCCCCCCCCUUGGAUCUGCUUCAGUGGGUCUACCGGAUGGAAAAAGAUAGGAAAGUGCGGGCUGCUGAUAUCACCGUCCCAACAAAACGCAAGGUGUAA